GCCAUCUGGCGUUAGCGUCUCGCCGCUUAAAAAAAAUGAGCAACCUGCUCCAGACAAUCCACUCAAAAAUGAAACUUUGCUAAAAGUCAGUCGAACAAAAGUUCGUCCAAGCUUUCUGGUAGGGGCAGCCUCAGUUGAAAGGUUGCGAGGGCACACAUCAUUCCAUCAGAAAACCUCUACUCUUCCAUCAAAAGAAGGUUCUCCGACAUGGACAGCAGCAGGAAGAAGGUGACUUUUAAGUGGCUGCGAAGGGCCUCCUCGCCACCCCCGUGUUUCCAGGAGAGAACGCCCUCUUUGGGAACAAUGCUACCGAAAGAAGGUUUGUCCCUCAGUGAGUCACCUGGACCAGGCGACUUUGCUGAGCUCAGUCUGGACACCCCCAAGAGAAAGGCGGAGGUGCUCUGUGAUGUGGCCGCCUCUCAAAGCAAAAUUGAGCUGAGGAAGCGCUCCAGGUUGAAUUUUGACUCAUUCAAGGACUCCAGUCAGCUGGUGUCUACAACAAGCGACGCAUCCGCUCACCCCUCUCACUCCUUCAUCAUGAAAAAGAAGGACAGGACGCCAGAGGAGGGGUUAAAGGCUAUUUACAAGAGGGCUUUAACCGCAGCUGUCGGCAGCAGGGCGGUGACGCGCACCCCAACCAAAAGCGCACUCAUCCCUUCGGCACAGCGGGAAAGUAAAUGUGAGGAUAGAAAAGAUGAGCGGUCCGCCUCUCGGGUUGGUGUUUCAGUUCUGCAAAAAGAUGACGCACAGGUGCAAGCAGGUGGAAAGAGUGCUGUGCUCAAAGAAGAGGCCGACACGACACAGGAAAGCUUUUCUCAGCCCUCCCAACACUUUGUGUCGCCUGAACCUCAAGCCGAGGACGGCGAUUCGUCCCUCCCACUUCUUGAGGUUGUUCCAGAUUCUUUGUCUUGCUGUAUGACCUCUAUGGAUGACCCUUCCGACCGAUGGCGGUACCUCACGCCGUCGUUAAAUGACAGCUUUGGAGCGACAGCUUCCACGGGCGACAUCUGGGACACAAGGAGUAUCUCCAUGUCCCAGAGGACUGUCUUUGUGUCCUGCAAGCAGCAGCAAACUGCUGCAGCCGGAGUGGACGCCAAGACGGCGCGCUCCCUCAGCAUCAUCGAUUCAGCAGACCCCUUUGCACUGCCGCUAAGUUCACCCAUGAGAGCAGGAAACUCUGCAAACACACGCAGGCGAUCGUAUGCCAGCUCUUCCGUCCAUUCCCUGCCUUUCUCAUCUCUCCAUGACAGCAGCCCCAGGAGAAGACUGUCCAUGGGGGACCUUGAACCCACUUGGACACGCUACCCCUCCAGUGCAUCUGGCUUCAUAGACACCCAUUGCCAUCUGGACAUGCUCUACGCAAAGCUACGCUUCCGCGGAUCCUUUGGCCGUUUCCAAAAAGUCUACAGCAGCAGCUUUCCCGACGAGUUUGGCGGCUGCAUCACAGACUUCUGCAACCCCCGCCUCAUGGCGCAGGAGGCCUUGUGGGAAGAUUUACUGGCUGAGGACAUGGUCUGGGGGGCGUUUGGGUGCCACCCUCACUUUGCCAAUGAGUACUCCGACGUCCAUGAACGCAGCAUACUGAAAGCCAUGGGGCACCCGAAAGCGGUGGCGUUUGGCGAGAUGGGGCUGGACUACUCGCACAAGAACUCCACGUGUUCCGAUAAGCAAAAAGAGGUGUUUGAGCGUCAGCUGCAGUGGGCUGUGGCCAUGAAGAAGCCUGUGGUCAUCCACUGCAGGGAUGCAGAUGACGACCUGAUGAGAAUCCUGAAGAAGUGCGUCCCCAAGGAUUACAAAAUUCACAGGCACUGUUUUACAAACAGCUAUCCGGUGAUUGAGCCCUUCCUGGAAGAGUUCCCCAACCUUUACGUGGGCUUCACGGCCUUGAUCACCUACUACAGCGCCUUGGAGGUGCGAGAUGCUGUCCGCAAAGUGCCGCUCAGCCGCAUCGUGUUGGAGACCGAUGCGCCGUAUUUCCUGCCGAGAAUGGUGAGCAAAGACCUCUGCAAAUUUUCCCAUCCGGGAAUGGGCAUUCACACCCUGCAAGAGCUGAGCCGACUGAAGGGGGAGGACAUACCCACGGUCCUGACCACCAUCCGAAACAACACCACUCAGCUUUACGGCAUCUGAACCUGACAGUCGAUGGGCUCUAAUGUUAGUUUGUGGCUUACGUAGCCCUUGUUCUGUAUUUAUGUAUGUUGGAGAGGAGGAAACUUAAGGUUUUACUGUUAUUCUUUAUAAGCCUCUCUUGUUUUUUGGUUUGUUUGAUUCAGGAUCUUUAAUGUGUCCUUUAUGCAGAUACUGUUUAGUUUGACAGUGUGCCAAACAUAUUAAACUGUUUAAAUCCUGCAGUUGUCUUUUUCAGCGAUACACGCAAGAAGCUACAGCACAUAAUAUGUGGAAUGUACACGCUAAAGCACAUUGUUGGUUGAAGGAAGCAGCACUAAGGGACACCACUUAGAUGCAAUGUACCUUUGUAGGGCUUUUUAUUUUGAGAUCCAGCACCCGAAGUCUUAAGUGUCUUACAAGGUGUACAUCAAGUGUAACUAGAAGAAUGGGUGGAAAACACACGUUGCCAGGUGAACACUAUUCAGCCAUGUAGGUCAGAGCACUCUUAUGUUCCUGAUGGUAGAAAUAAGCCUAAUGAAUGCAUUCUCCGCCACUCAGAUGUGACCUUUUUUCUUCAGGUGGACAUGAUUUUUUAAAAUUUAUUUAAAGCACGUUCGUUGUUGUUCAAUGUGUGACUCAGCUGCCCGAG